AUGAAACUCUUACCACUGGCCCUGGCCGCUGUUCUGCAGGCAGUGGUCAGUACCGCGUCGACUCUUAAUCCACCUGUGGUGCCUCUGGUCGUGCGAAACCCCUACCUAAGCACAUGGCUUGCCGAUGCCCGCGAGGUGCCAUGGGCCAAAUGGCCGAUCUUCUGGAACGGAGACCAUAAGGGCCUGGCUCUGAUGGCCCAAGUUCCGAGUCAGAAUGCCGUCUAUCCCCUUUUGGGCAGGCCGCAUGACUCGCUGCAGAAGCAUGGCAACUAUCAUGUUAAGUACCCAACGUACCUGGGUCUGACAUACGAUGCCUCGACCACCAACCUGACCUAUCAGAUUGAUGCUGGUUCCGCGGCCCCUCUUGGUAUUACUGUAUCAUUUCUCUCUCCAAUAACCCCCACGUCGACCCUGAGACAGUCAAUUCCUGCAGCGUAUGUGACUAUCGAUGUUCAAGGCGAUGUUGACGUGAAUAUCUACAUGGAUGUGACAGGUCAAUGGGUUAGUGGAAAUAAUAGAAACAACAUUAACUGGGAGUGGGAUACCAUCAAGACCGAAAGCCAGCAGCCACACCUGCAAAGGUGGAAAGUACAGAGAGAAACAGAACAGUUGUUGUCAGAAGACAACGAUCAUUCGGAAUGGGGCACCCUCCAUUUCUCCGGACCUACCGACGCGAGAUUCCAGUCUGGCUCGGAUACCGAUGUGCGUCGUCAAUUUGCCAACAACGGUGCGGUUGCCAAUUCCAACGACAACAAGUUCCGCGCAAUUCACGACCGGUGGCCAGUCUUUGCAUUCUCUCAAUCUUUCAAUCUUGGGCACUCAAACAAGAGUACUUCCGACAGUGUAACCUUCACACUCGCUCUCAUCCAAAAUCCUGUCAUCCAAUUUGCUUCCUCUCGGGGUCUCACUUUGAUGCGACCCUUGUGGGAGUCGUGGUAUCCGACUGCCGAGGAACUUCUGAGCUUCCACUACCAGGAUUUCGAGAAUGCAAACUCGCUUGCUGCCAACUACUCCCAGCAGCUGUCAAAUGAUGCGUACCUUUCAGGUGCCGACGACUAUGUUGACAUAGUUUCCCUUUCGGCUCGCCAGGUUAUGGGAUCGACUGUCUUUGCUGGAACUCCCGAUGAUCCUAUUCUGUUCCUCAAGGAAAUCUCCUCUGAUGGAAAUCUCCAGACGAUCGAUGUCAUCUAUCCUGCAUUCCCAUUCUUCUUAUAUACCAACCCUCGCUGGUUGUCAUACCUCUUGGAGCCCCUGAUUGAGCACAUGCUCAGCGGGCAAUAUCCCAACACCUAUGCUAUGCAUGAUUUGGGCACGCACUUCCCUAAUGCUACCGGCCAUCCAGACGGAAACGACGAGAAAAUGCCGGUAGAAGAAUGCGGAAACAUUCUCAUUAUGGGACUGGCUGUCGUGAACUCCCUCCGAUACGAAAUCUCUACAGAGGCCUCUUCCAUCUGGUCGAACUUCGGUUCAUCCCCGCCAGAUGUUCACAGCGAGACACACGAGGCCCAUAAAUUGUUCCAUCUCAAUGACCAGCAAACCGUCAAUGGAAUUGCUCUACAAGACAGUAGAUGGGGCGGCGGCGAUAACGGCGAGCGCCUGGCCGAGCAAUGGAUCCAGCGUAGCUACACGCUGUGGAAGCAAUGGACAGGCUAUCUAGUGAAAUAUGGUUUGAAGCCUGAAAACCAACUCUCUACUGAUGACUUUGCUGGCCCCCUGGCUCUUCAGUCAAACCUGGCCCUCAAAGGAAUUAUCGGCAUCAAUGCCAUGAGCAAGAUUGCCGCACUCGCAGGGAACGUUACCGACGCACAUUACUACAAGCAAACGGCUAGUGACUACAUCGCAAAGUGGGAGAAGUAUGCGAUGUCGUGGGAUGAUACCCAUAUCAAGCUAUCGUACGACUGGUCUGGCUCGUGGACAACGCUCUAUAACCUCUAUGCAGACGCCCAGCUUUGCUUCCACCUUGAGAACACUGAUACAGAGGAACCCGGCUUCGUCCCUCGCCACAUCUACCAGAAGCAAUCAGUCUGGUAUGACCAUGUGCGUCAGAAGUUUGGUCUUCCUCUGGACAGUCGCCAUUUGUACACCAAGACAGACUGGGAGUUCUUCUCGAUGGCAGUGGUCUCCAAGCCCGUGAGAGCAGAGAUCCUUGAAUCCGUCGCUCUCUGGGUCAACGAGACCGCGAGCGAUGGUCCCUUCACGGACCUGCACAACACAGAGGGCAAUGGAGGCUAUGCCGAGAACACCAGAUUCCGUGCUCGACCAGUCAUUGGUGGCCACUUUGCCUUCCUGGCUUUGGAACGAGCUUGUGGUGGCCGAGCGGUUCCGGGUUUGAAGUUCCUUGAUGAGGUAGAUGAAGAUACCUUGACGACUUGGACACAAAAUGCCAUGUCUGCGGCACAGGAGUUUACGGAUCCUGUUGGACAUCGCCAGCGCGAGGGAGAGCUUUAG